UAGUAAACAAAAGUGGUCUCCAACCGACACCCCAUCGUUGGUCCACCACCACUCUCUCUCUUUCCCUCUCUCUUCUUUAUAAUCUUCAAAUCUACACUCUUCACAAAAUUCAGGGACACACAACCCCUUCUCUCUCUCUGGUUUUGUUUUUGUGAUAUUUUCAAUCAUCAAUGGGUUCUCCACCAGAUACAAGCAAGACCAUAAAAAUGGAACGCUACAAUAGUUAUGUUCGCAGAAUAAACAGUACGAAGCUUUUGAACGCUUCGUCUAAGCUUCUCUUCCGUGCCACCCUUCUCAUUGCGCUUGUUUUGAUUCUUUUCUUCACCCUAAACUACCCUCCACUUUUUUCUGAUUCUUCCCAUCAUGCCCCUAUCCACCGUCACAGCUUCCUCUCUACCACUGCUGAUUUCUUCGGCGGCGCUUCCUGGGAGAAGCAGGUUCGCCACUCUGCCACCCCACGCCGCCCUAACGGCUUCUCUGUCUUGGUCACCGGCGCUGCGGGAUUCGUCGGCUCUCACUGCUCACUUGCCCUCAAAAAGCGCGGUGACGGAGUUCUCGGGUUGGAUAAUUUCAACAGCUACUACGAUCCUUCCUUGAAACGUGACCGACAGGGACUUCUCGCUAAGCAUCAGAUUUUCAUCGUCGAAGGGGACUUAAACGACGCCGCUUUGUUGAGGAAGAUUUUCGAUGUUGUUCCAUUCACUCACGUGCUCCACCUGGCGGCACAGGCGGGGGUGCGGUACGCAAUGCAGAAUCCGCAGUCCUAUGUGCGUUCCAACAUUGCUGGCUUCGUGAACCUUCUAGAGGUUUGUAAAUCGGCGAAUCCACAGCCGGCGAUUGUGUGGGCCUCGUCGAGCUCUGUUUAUGGACUGAACAGAGAGAAUCCGUUCUCCGAAUCGCACAGGACGGACCAGCCAGCGAGCCUGUACGCGGCCACCAAAAAGGCCGGAGAAGAAAUCGCCCACACUUACAACCAUAUUUACGGUCUUUCACUCACUGGAUUGAGAUUCUUCACUGUGUACGGUCCAUGGGGGAGACCUGACAUGGCUUACUUCUUCUUCACGAAAGAUAUUCUGCAAGGCAAGAAAAUCGACAUAUACCAGACCCAGGACGAGAAAGAGGUGGCGCGUGACUUCACUUACAUCGAUGACGUAGUGAAAGGAUGCGUAGGAGCGUUGGACACGGCGGGGAAGAGCACCGGAAGCGGUGGCAAGAAGAAAGGGCCCGCGCCGCUUCGAGUCUACAAUUUGGGGAACACGUCACCGGUUCCGGUAGGGAAAUUGGUGUCUAUAUUGGAAGGUUUAUUGAACACGAAAGCGAAGAAGCAUGUGAUUAAGAUGCCAAGCAACGGCGACGUUCCGUAUACACACGCUAAUGUUACACUGGCUCACAAGGAUUUUGGGUACAAGCCAACCACUGAUCUCUCCACUGGACUGAGGAAGUUUGUCAAGUGGUAUGUAAGUUAUUAUGGUAUACACUCGAGGGUAAAAAAAGAAAGUGAAGUCAACAGUGAGCAUCCCAAGGGAUCUGCUGCUUAAUCUCCUCCUCAUCCACAACAAAAUCACAUGGUUGGCUUCUUUUUUAUUUUUUGUUGAUCAAAUUACUUAUUUAUGUUUUCAAUUAUUAUUGUGGUCCUGAUUGUACUGGAUUAAAAUGGGUCUGCUGCAAUUGUUGUUGUUGUUGAAGAUGUAGAUUAUUUAGAUACAGAGAUUUGGAUAUAUGGAAGAAGAAGAUAAAUGUGAAUGAAAGAAAAACAGAAAAGGAAAGGAGGGAGAAGAUGUGUAGAUCCGUGGGUGUAAUAAUGUUCGGUUGGGGUCUGCCAGAAAGGGUGCAGAUCUCAGCCGUUGGAUUCAUAAAAAAGAGAUUGAACAACAAUGAUGGAAAUCAAUAUUCUUGUUUGGCUUUA